UAUUCGUAGUAUAUGAUUAUUAUUGACUUGAAAGUCAAUAGUAUUAGCAUUGGUUAUAAAUAAUACAUAUUACGUACCAUAGAACGCCAAUGGUGUAAAUUAUAGGUUCGUAUCCUUGAAAUUAGGUAAUUAAAAUAUUAUGAACAUUAAUUGUGUAAGUAUCUUAGCAAAUAAUAACAUAUGUAAUGGCAAAAAGUUUCAGUCCUUAUGAAUAGUACUUUUUUAAGUACACGUGCCCUAUGCUAUCUACAGUCGAUUUAUUGGUGUCGUAUGCUAUCUAUAUUAUUAAAGUUAUCUACACAUUUUCCCAUUCUAUAUUUAAUACGUUACCAACUUCAAAACGAUUGUAUUCGUAUAAUAUGUUGUGUCUUUUGGAAUGUGUUUGGUGCUAAAUAAACGAUAAACGUGUUCGUUUUGGUAUUUUUGUGUUUAUUUGAGUUUUAUGAAAAUGAGUAAUUUAGGUGAUUUAUACAGAAAUAUUAUUUUUAACGACUAAUCUUGUGUCAAAUGUUUAAAAGAAUGCGGGUUAUUACCGAAUUCAAAUGUAUGUAUCAAAUUAAAUGCUACGGGUGAAGUGUGUGGUGGUGACAUGAAAAAAACAUUAAAAAAUUGUCGAAAACGAAAUGCAACCGGUCAAUUAGUUAAAACCAAAUACAUGCGAUGCCAAACAAGAGGUUGUCAAAAAUGGCAAUCAAUACGUUCCCAAAAUCCAUUUUUUACCUACGUGGAUAAAACUGGAAAAAAUAAAAGUGGUUUGAGUUUAUGUGAAAUUAUUGAACUUGUUUGGUGCUGGGUAAAUAAAUUUAAAGUCACACAAACAGAAAAAAUAACUGGCAGAAGUCAUCAUGCAGUCUUAGAUUGGUUCAAUCUAUGUCGAGACGUGGUGGCAGAACAGUUUAAAAAACGUGGAAAAAUGGGUGGAAAAGAAUUAAUAGUACAAAUAGACGAAUCUAUUUUUCAAGGGAAACGUAAGUACAACUGCAGAGGAAGACUUCGCCUUGGAGAUUGUAAACCUGUUGAUAAUGAAGAUGCUGAUAGUAAUACUUCCGAUACUUCAGAGGAUAAUUCUAACAAAGAAAAUCAAAACUAUAAUACUAAUCGAAAUUAUGGCAGCCAAGUUCAAGGACCUUGGGUGUUUGGCAUGUGCUGUUUGUGUGAAGAUGGAAUUUUAGAACGCCGUUUUUUUAUAGUCAAUAAGAGGGAUCGAGACACAUUAUUACCAAUAAUAAUUCAAAAAAUAGAACCAGGAACAAAAGUUCAUUCUGAUGAGUGGAGAGCAUACAGCAAUUAAAAAAAUCACGGUUUUCUUCACCAAACUGUUAACCAUAGUAAGAACUUCAUAGAUCCGCAUACAGGUACUCAAACUCAAACAAUUGAGUGUUUAUGGAGACACCUAAAGGUCAACUGCAAUAUAAGAUCACGUGGUGCUGCAAACCUAAUCGAAAGGGAAUUACAGGAAGAAUGGUGGUGUUCAGUCAAUCCAACCAAUACGUUCGGAAGUUUUUUGAGAGACAUAAAAGAUACAUUUUUAUAAAUAUACUAUAAUUUAAAUGACAACUGCAAAACUACAAGCUCUAAUAAAAUUAUUUAGGUAAGGUGACAUUUUUUUACAUUUUUUUCGCGUAGGUAGAACACGACACAAGUAUUAAUUUUUUGUAGAUAGCAUACGCCGGUAGAUAGCAUACGAAACGUGUACCCUUUUUUAAAUUACCACGUAAUAACUCAUUAGACAAUAUUUUGUUUACA